AUGCACUUCACAACUCUGAGCCUGACCACGUUGUUGGCUGCUGCUCAAGCCGCCGUCAACGUCCACGUCGUCGCCGUGGGGAAGAAUCCCUCGACAAACGAGACGGCUCUGCGAUUCUUCCCUAGCAAGAUCACCGCCCAGCCCGGCGACAUGGUGCAGUUCCAGUUCUGGGCCGGCAACCACUCCGUCGCCCAGUCGGGCUUUGACCAUCCCUGUGUUCCCAUCGCCAGCGUCAAUGCCAGCAAACCCGGCUUCUACUCCUCCUUCCAGCCUGCCGAAGCUGGUGUCAGGACGGGCAGGAUUCCCGUCUACACCAUCGUGGUCAACAACACCCAACCCAUGUGGGUGUAUUGCAGCCAGACCAAUCACUGCCAGAAGAAAAUGUCCAUGGUGAUCAAUGAGAACACCGCGGCGAAUACUAGCCGCUCCCUCGAGAACUAUCAGAGCGGCUCCGCGGUGAGCAGCAAGUCCCCGUCAGCGGCGCCAUCGGCGCCAUCGGCAAAAACUGCUCCGCUCAGCGCUGGCGACAGCUUGGCUGUGCCGAGCACCCUGCUGUUGUUAGCCAUCGGAGUUGGAUUCACGUCGUUGUGA